ACGUAAGUGCGGUGUGAGAAUGAAUUCACAGCUGAUGCUUUAAUCCCUUGGCAUCUUUUCUUCCAAUCUGCCUGUGAAGAUUCUUGAAUCUUGAAUCUUGAGCCACCAGCCCUAUUCCCAAAUAGCUCAGGGUAAUUAUAUACGUGUAAAUGGGCACACAACACAGCCUCAUCUUAUAAUGUACACCUAGAGUCUACAGUCCAAUUAAGACUUACAUUUGAGACUGCUUCGAUUCUUAUUGGCGACUGAAAUCUACCCAUCUCACAACGAGAAUCUAUCCACGUGCGAUAUUCAUGUUUCUUGGCUUCAAAAGGCCCUUUACAGAUGGGCUGUGUUUAGACAGGCAAAAAGAUAGAAAGGGUUGAUGAUUCCAAUUCUACCUUAUCUUACAAGUCUCGAGCGAUUUUGAAGUUAUCAGGGCACUCUCAGGUCUGUUUAUUGCGGGAAAACAUUCUAUCCAUGUUGAACUCUACCUGAUUUCUGCCCAAUAGGUAUAUAUUUUUAUUCAAUGUUCAAUGCGCGUCUAGAAUAAUAAAGUCGGGCCCAUAUGUAAGUCUUACUGCAGUCAACAUCACCAUCAGGGCUGUAAGGGACCUGUCGCUGAAUCAGCUGCAGGACAAAACUGCACGAUCAACUGAGAGUCAUCUGAAAUUCCUCUUCUCAGAAUUAUCUUGCUAAAGGCAUUGAGGAUAUAUAUCUACCAUUUCCCCUCGUGGUGAUAUUUUGGUCAAGAAGGAGGAUUUUUUCAUCAUGGCGACAGCAGUGGAUCUUGACACCAAUAAAAUCAAGGAUUGGCGAUCUAUAGUGACGCUCAUCAUUUUCGUCCUAACAAGUGAGUGCAGAAUAUUUCACCAAAACAUUUCUUUUUCUUUUUUGAAGGGUGAUUAACUCUGCUGGAAUUGCACAGAUAUCGUUGUCCUUUUCCCCUUUCAUAUUCCAAUAUAUGUUCCACGGAAACCGUCAAAUGCUUUUCUAGAUGUCCUAAGUCAUUUGCGGUUAAUAUCACCAAGGGACGAUUCUCAAAAUGAUCACCAAAACGACCGAAGUGGCAAAGUCACGCGUUUCAUGAAAUUGAAUUUCCCCUUGAACUUUGUAACGGCACCUUUGAUAGCAGAUCUGUUUCUACUCGCUAUUCUGGCCAUAGGUCGAAAAGAAGUACACGAUGGGACAGUUGGAGCAAACAGUAUCAAUCCGAUUGAUAUUAUGGUUUUCUUCAUCACAUUAGCAUAUAUUGCUAUCUCAAUCGAUGCGUCCGGCCUCAUCAGAUACCUGGCGUUCAAGGUACUUCAGAAGGGAGGUAAAGUUGGGCACAGACUGUUCUUCUUCCUCUACGUAUUCUUCUUUUGUCUGGGGACAUUUAUCGGAAACGAUCCCAUCAUCUUGUCUGGUACCGCAUUCCUGGCCUACUUGACCAGAGUAUCGAGUAACAUUAUUCACCCAAGAGCAUGGAUUUUUACUCAAUUCGCAAUCGCCAAUAUUGCUUCGGCCAUUCUCGUCUCUUCCAAUCCGACCAAUCUUGUCCUGGCUGGUGCAUUUGGUAUAAAAUUUAUCGAAUAUACUGCGAACAUGAUCGUUCCAGUGGUUGUAACAGCAAUCGUCUUAUUUCCAUUUUUAUUAUAUAUCGUCUUUGCCGAUGAGGCUCUGAUACCAUUAUCAAUCAAAAUGCACGAACUUUCCGAGGAAGCCAAAGCUAAGAAGCCUGUGAACCCGAAUAUUCCAAAUGCCAAAGGGGAAGGGGAAGAAAGCGAUGGUGCCGAAAAUAAAGAGCUUUCUCUUGAAGAAAUUAUGAAUCCUUUUGUGGAUAAAAAAGGAGCAGCUUUUGGAGCGGUUCUGAUGGCCAUAACCCUCGUUGUGGUCUUGGUUAUCAAUGCGAUUAGUCAGAGUAAUGGGGAACAUCCAGUAUUUUGGGUGACUUUACCAGCGGCUUUUGUGAUGUUUGUUUGGGAAAUCUCGCUAGGAUGGAUUAAUCGGCACGAAACACGGGAGAUUGCUCGCAAAGGACGACAGGAAGUUGAACUUGCCCGAGCUGAGCGAGCGAUUAGAGUAGAGCAAGAGGCGAAUCAAGUAAUCUUAGAACAAGACCAGCAAGGUUCUAGAAACAGCAAUGGGGCUUCUCUGGCGCUAACGAAAUCGCCGGAAGAAGUCGAAAUGAACAUCUUGGAGAGGGAAGAUGGCAGUCUUACAGAAAAUAAUCGUACCCCUACGCUUCUGGUACCUGAAAACUUGGGUGGCCGAAACACAAACUUGAGUGAUCCUUUAGGCUCGUCUAUAUCGACACUCGUCCCAAAAGAAGACAAUUUACAAAAUAGUCGCUCUUCGACCAGUGCAAUGAGCACAUUAGAUGAAAAGAAAGAAUCAGUUCCCAAAGGAAUCCCUUCACCACGAGCAGAAUUAUUAGGCCCACAAUCAAGUGAUCAAUCAGAUAUAGAUAAACGAGCAGUUUCCGAGCAAAUUUCUCGACGAGUCGAGCUUCCAAAGCAGCGCGGACACACAACACUAGUUUCACUUUUUGGGGAUGCAUAUUUAUGGAGUCAAGAAACAUUCCCCACCGUCACAGCAGUAGUAUCCCAUCUCCCCUUCGCCCUCGUCCCAUUCGCAUUUUCAAUGUUCGUUCUCGUCCAAGCAUUAGUAACCAAAGGAUGGGUUCCCGUAUUCGCCUAUGGCUGGGAUCACUGGGUAGAAAAAACAGGCACCGUCGGAGCAAUCGGCGGCAUGGGAUUCCUCUCCUGCAUUCUCUGCAACGUAAGUUCCUUUCUCACAUCUACACUCAGUACCCCUCCCAACUAACCCCACUCUCCCAACCCCCCAUAGUUCGCAGGCACCAACAUCGGCACCACCAUCCUCCUCUGUCGCGUCGUCCAAGCAUGGCAAGACAUCCACCACAACAACGGUCUCCCCAUCAGCGACCGCGCUUUCUGGGGAACCGUCUAUUCCAUGGCUAUAGGUGUGAAUUACGGUGCGUUUAGCACCGCUUUUAGCGCUUCGCUUGCGGGUUUGCUCUGGAGGGAUAUCUUGGCUAGAAAACAUAUUCAUGUUAGGAGAUUGGAUUUCGCGAGGGUAAAUUUGCCUAUUGUGGCGAUUUCUAUGGCGGUCGGUUGUGCGGUGCUCGUUGGGGAGAUUUAUGUCGUUAGGGGUAAUCAGAGGUAUGAUGCUUGAGGGAUUGGUCUUGGGGGGGUGGAGAUUGGGAUUUGGGGUGCGAAUGGGGAUAGACUUGUUUUGGU